GUAAUGGAUUAAGGUGAUGAAAAUCCAAAAUAUUAGUAACCUCAUGAAUAGAGAAUAAAUUCUUACAUGAAAAAACCUGUCAAAUUAAGCUAAUUGGAUCCAGAGAUUAUGAAGACAUAUUCAGAAUAAAUUGGAUAACAAAAUCAAUCUGCUAUGCCAAAAUUGUCAUGGUAUUAUAUUAUAAUUAACAAUAUAGGUGGCAAUAAUUCAUGCUUAGACCUGAUAUUAGAAAGAAGUACAAUUCAUAUAGAAGAUUUUCAAAGGAAACAUUACCUAUGUUAGUAUUUGUAGUAUUUUCAACUGGAGUAUUAAUUAAAAUGGAAGGACAGUAUGAUAAGAUGAAAUAGAAAGUAUAAAAUUCAAAGACUCUGAAAGAGAUAGAGAUUGAAUAAGAGGAUGCUGUAAAAUAUUUACUUAAUUAGUAUAUUAGAGCAGCUUUGGAAGGAAAGAAAAUAAAUUUAGAUGUAACAAUUUAAGAGCCAAGAAAGGAAUAAAGAUAUAAAUUUGAAGAUGAUGAUGAUGAUUAAAAUUUACCUGGGUUUGAUACUUAAGAUGAUUUUUAUGAAGGAUUAGCAAAAGAGGCAAAAUAAGGUGCCAAUAUUCCUCAAGAAUAUUAACAAUAAUAUUUGGAAUAUCAGGUUAGAAAGAAACAAGGAGAUGAAUAAUAGAAAUCUAAAUUUGAUUUAUGA